AUGGAAUAAGAAAUUAAUAUUUCUAAAUACAUAGAAUAAUCUGAUUAUAACUUGAAUCAAUCAAAAUGUUCAAUUUCUAACAUAAAACCACAUGCCUAAUAUUAUGAUGACAACAGUGUAAAUAAUGAUGCUUUAAGGCGAAAAUAAGUUUGGAUUCCUUCAGCAAUCGAAUAAAAUAAAGGGGAUGGAUUAUCAGAUUAAGAUAUUAAUUCAUUAGCAGAAAGGACAAGUAUUUUAGAAGAAAAGACUAACUAAAACUCACCAUUCAAUUUCACUAAUCUUUGUAAAAAAGAUUCUCAUGUGAGUGUAGAUUAUUCAACCAAGUUUAACAAAUGUCAAUAAAAUGUUGACUCCCCAAAAUUCUCUGACUAAGCUAUAGAGUCAGAUUUUAAAAAAUUUAAAGAUUCUCAAAAAAGAAAGACAACUGUUAUAACUUAUACUAAUGAAUUUUAGGAAAGAACUGAAUUUUAUAGAAAAAGUAGAUUUGAAAAAGAAGAUGAUGAAGUUUGUGAAGGAAAAAAUAAAGUUGGAUUAAUCUAAUUCUUAUUGAAUAAACAAAAAACUCUUAAUAAACAAUAUCAUAUUUUUAUGAGAACUAUUAACAUCAAAAAGUUUAUGAGUAUAAUGAGACUUAAGUCUAGAAAAUUACUAUUUAAAUGCUUAACUCAUCACCACUUUAAUAUUAUAGGUGAUAAUGCUAGUGAUUAUGAUUUCUAUAGAUUUAAUAACCUUCUAUACAAAUAAACUCCAUCAAGAUACUAGGAACUCAAGUUUAGAUUUUAAUAAAGCCUAAUAGGACGAAUUUUAUCAAGCUCUUCACAGAUUAUAACACCAGAUUCUAAUUAUAAAACUAUAUGGGAUGUCUUUUAUAUCAUUUUAUUUUUGAAUUUAUUUUUCUAUAUUCCUCUUAAUAAUUGCUUGAAUAUUACGUGGGAGGUUUAUGAAUUUAUUUGCAACAGAACUAUGUACUUGCUGCUACCUAUAGAAAUACUAAUUAAUGUUAACACUGCAUUCUUCAAAAGAGGUCUAAUUAUUAUGGAUAGAAAAGAAAUAUUUUUAAAUUAUUUGUCUAAAGAUUUUUUAAAGGAAUUUUCUAUUGCUACAAUUUACUUGGCCAGUGUUUAUUAUUCUAUUCAUAAUCUUAAAUAUAUCAUUUGCGUUAAGUUAAUAGAUGUUUUAAAGAAACAGUAACGAAUCUAAGAGAAUUUUUCUAGAAAUAGUGUUAUAUCUGUAUCUGGAAAAUUAGUAAGGCUAAUUUUAAUACUUUUGUUUGUAGCUCAUUUGAGUGCUUGUUUGUUCAUUUAAAUUGGGUAGGUAGAAAUAUAGAAUAAUAAGAAGAGCUGGAUUGAUAGUGCUCCUAUUCCUUCUAAAUCAUGGGAAGAUAUAUAUAUAACAGGUGUCUAUUGGGCAGCCAUUACAAUGGUUACCUUAGGAUAUGGAGAUAUAGUUCCAAUAACUACAAUCGAAAGAUCAUAUGUUAUAGUAAUGAGCCUUUUUUCAUGUGGUAUAUUUGCUUACAGCUUUAAUUAAAUUGGUGAUAUAUUGCAAGAAAUGGAAAGAAAUACUCUUAAACUUAAAUCAAAAAUGAAGAAAGUAAAUUAUUUAAUGUAUAAAAGAGGUAUAGACGCUCAGCUGCAAACACGAGUGAGAAAAUAUUUUGAAUAUUACUUUAAAGAAGAGUUGAAUUCAGAAUCUAAUUGCAGGAUAUUACUUGAAAAUUUAACCAGCAAACUUAAAGAAGAGGUUCUAAGAGAUUUGUAUGCAAAAAAACUAAAAAAUCAUAAAAUAUUUUAUCUAAACUUUAGUAAUUAAGUUCUUGAUGCUCUUUCUCUGAAAAUGAAAGAGCUUAAUUUAGUAGCUGAAGAGUAUAUUUUUAGGAAAUACGAAUAUGAUGACAAAAUUUACAUUCUCAUUUCUGGUGAAUUAGAGCUAAUAAGUAGUGAAAAUAAUUCUAAAGGAGUUACACUUUUGAAAAAAUAUACAAAUGAAGAAGUGAUUGGAGAAGAAGAAUUUUUUCAUAAUAGUAAAAAAAGAUAGUAUUCGUUGAAAGCAACAAAUAUUAGUUGUGUUGCUUAUUUGACUAAAGAAGAUUUUGCUUAAGUUCUAUAAUAAUUUCCAGAAGAAUACCAAUAUUAUCGUUAACUGAAAGAUAAAAUAUCUUUGUAUGACUAAUAUCAAACUUUGGGAUUGAAAUGUAUGGUAUGCGAUAACUAUUUGCACAAAUACGACAGCUGCCCAUAUUUACAUAUAGAUAAAAAGAAAUCUCAAGUUAUUCACGAAAGUAAUAAGUUUGUUCCGUAAUAAAGAGUUUCAGUUGAAAGAAACAUAAAAAAAUAUAAUAGUAGAAUAAACCACGAUAUUGUGAAAAAAACUGUCAAAAAUUUUGAAUAUAGUUAAAGUUAAGUUAUUAUUUAUACAGAGUCUGAUCAAGAUAGCUCUUCAGAAUAUUCAAAUAGUCAAAUUUAAGUAAAUAUAAUUUAAAACAGUAGUUAAGUAAGAUCAAGAGCACAUAGCUGUAGUAUGAGUAAAUCUUCUAAUUCAAAUACAGAGGGUUAGAGUAACAAUAAAGAUAAACUUUGGAAUUAAUAUGUUGAGUAAAUAACAGAAGAAAUUCAUGAAGAAAGUGGCAAUAAUUUAUAUAAUAGUGGAGAUUUUAGCUAAAAUAAUAUUGUUAAGCAAUUGAGCUUUUAAGUUUAACCAUAAAAACAAUAAACUUUAGACAAAAAACAACAAAGAAAAAGAUAAAGUGAGUAUAUCAGUCCAUCGCAAUUGUAAAAUUUAUGUUAAAUAAAUUAACUAUAGAUUAAGAGAUUUAACACUCUAGGUAAUAGCAGUAACUCUAAUAGUAACAAUAGUAAUAACCUCUCUAUUAAUUAAAGUAGCUCAAAUAAUUACAAUAGUUCGAAUAAUUAAAAUAAUCCAGAUAACUAUAGCACACAUUAAAUGAAUUUAUCUCAAUUUAAUUAAAAUAAAAAUAUAUUAUAGCUAGAAAUAAAUUAAUAAUUAGCAUAGUCUGCUAUAAAAUCUUAAAAAAAUUAAAGUCAGAUAGCUGUAUAGAUGUCAGAAUUUGAUGAUUUAAUGUCUAAUUAAGUUAGUUAGUAUAAUCCUACAAUAAGAGAUUCUAAGAGGAAAAGCACAAGUAAAAUAUUAAACUCUUCUUGCAAUUAAGUAAGUUAGUAGCUUUCAUAGUAAGCUUAAGAUGAGUCAAUUAACUUAAAAAAUCAAAACUCUUAAAGCUAUGAAAAAAGUAACAGUAAAAAAAAAGCUAAAGAUAAAAAAAGACCUUCUUUGUUUAAUAACAAUAAUAAUAAUAAUAACAAUAAUAAUAAUGAAUAUGGGGUUUUUUUUACUUUAGAUGAAAACAAUUUUCAUCUCAACAAAUAUUGUUUAUUCGACAUAGAAGAGAAAUUCGAUACGUUUAGAGAAUAUGUAAGAUAUUUUCCUUCAAAUAACAUGGGAUAGAUUCUCAAGCUUUACUUUUUAAAUUAAGUGCAUUCAAAAAUACAGUCAAGAAAAGGAAAAAAAAAGAAAGUCAUAAGAGAGAAUAUUGUUAAAAGAAAAACUGCGUUAAGAUAAUCAACGAAAACAUUCUCAAAAAAGUGA